GAUCCACUUGCCUUUGGGCCUCUUCUGGCCCCCAAACAAUAACCGCUGGGUCUUCCUUUCUUUUCCCAUUCUACCAGACAAACCCACGUGAGGGUUCAUGUCAUUCUGGGCCCACCUUCCCCUCCGUCUCCUAAUACCGCCUUUCUCACACACACACAUUCCGGCUACUUGUGUCAGAUUCCGGCGCUCGUUUUAGCCUUAUACAUCCAUCAUCUUCAUUCCUUUAUAUAUCUCGCACAAAUACAAUUCAAAGGCGCAUACAUAUAUAUAUAUAUAUGGAUUACUAUAGUGUAUAGCUAGGCAUGAAAGCAUACCAAAGGUCCCUUUAACUUUCCGCAAAGCGCACACACUGACACGCACAGUACUGAAAGCGAUACCAACACUAGUUCUUGCUAGUUCUUACCCCUUUCUUUCAAACACUUUCUCUCUCUAAAAAGCUAAUUCAUUUAUAGAUAGAGCUUCAAUUGUUGGUCGGAGAUGUUACCCUGUCUCCAAACGCCGGAAAAUCUCGCCGGCAGUUAUACGGGCAUGAGCGUCCUCGAGAGGGAAAGAGCGCGCUUGAAUUGGCAACAACAGCAGCAAGAACAACAAAGUGAUUUCAAUGGAAAUGAGUUUUUCAGUGAGUUUCAUGGGUUUGGGAGUCGGACGGUGAAGGUGGAUCAGGAUUUGGAAAGCGGGUGGGUCGAUAUGGGGAAGUUGGGUGGGGAUGAUUUGGGUUUUGGGUUUGGGUUGGAGAUGAAUUAUGGCAUCUCAAGGACUGCCAGCUGCCCACCGGUGGUUGCAGCGGCGAUGUCGGAGGUGGCGGCGGCUGAUAUGAAGGGAAGACAAUAUAUUUUGCCGGGAAAGCUGAGUUCUUCGGUUGGAACAGAGAGCUUCAAGAAGAGAAAGGCUGAUAAGAACCAAAAUCCAAAGGUGGUGGCAAAAGAUGACAGCAGAGACAAGAGAAUACAAGGAUGUGGUGAAGGAGAGUCCAUAAUCACAGAGCAAAGUAGCAAUAGCAGAGAAAUUUCUGCUGAUGCUUCAAAGGUGAAUUCAAAGGCUUCUGAGGUGCAUGUUAAUACUACUGAUUACAUCCAUGUCCGAGCACGUCGCGGCCAAGCCACCGACAGUCACAGCCUUGCUGAGAGGGCUAGGAGGGAAAAAAUCAGUGAGAGAAUGAUGUAUCUGCAAGAUUUAGUACCAGGCUGCAAUAAGGUCAAUGGAAAGGCUGCAAUGCUCGACGAAAUCAUCAACUAUGUCCAAUCCCUUCAAAGACAAGUAGAGUUCUUGUCAAUGAAACUUGCUGCGGCAAGUCCAACGCUUGACAGCAACGACAACUUCUUUUCUACAGAGGUAUUUCCAGGUUGCGGAUCUAAUUUUCCGACAAUUGGGGUAUCAUCGGAAAUGGCUAAUCCUGCCUACCUUCAAUUUAAUCCAUCACAACAAGUAGUUUCAUCUUCUGGACUGGAAAUGGGGAUCAAUCCUCCCGAUAUGGCACUGCGAAGAACUAUCAGUGCUCCUGUAUCGAUUCCUGAAACUUUUAUCGACUCUUCAUGUUUCAAUCAAAUCCAGACCUCACAAGCAACUUGGGAUACUGAUUUACAAAGCCUUUAUGGUGUGGAGUUUCAUCUAGGAAGAUCAACAUCAUUUCCAACCCAGCAAUUUUCAGGUUCUAUUGAAGCUAACACCCCGAAUGGAUAUCUGAAUCAGAAUGUUGAUCAUGGGAGUUUUUUUGACGAUGUAGUUUCAUCCAAAUGAAUUCAAUCCUGAUUAUUUUCCUUUUCCUUUUCUCCUUACACAAAUACAUAUUGUAUAUAAUUGUAAGGACAAUCGUACUGUAGAAAUAAUAAUCAUAGUGAUAUAAAUCUUUUUAUUCUCAAUAACAAGCUUUUUUUAUUUUA